CUCUACCUCAGCAUGCUUGGCAACAAGAGACAGCAGUUAGUUCUGGCCAGGGAUCGUGUAAAGAAUGGUGUCACUAAGCUGCUGGAGACCAACGAGCUUGUAGACAAAAUGAAGGUGGACCUUUCUGCUCUGGAGCCAGUCCUCAAACAAAAAUCUACUGAUGUCGAUGCCCUCAUGGAGAAAUUGGCUGUAGAUCAAGAGAAGGCUGAUGAGGUACGUAAAGUAGUAAAAGAAGAUGAGGCACUGGCCCGAGUUAAGGCUGACGAAACCCAGGCCAUUGCAGAUGACGCACAGAGGGACUUAGAUCAGGCUCUGCCAGCUUUAGAGAGUGCCAACCAGGCCCUCAGAUCUCUUGACAAGGCUGACAUCUCUGAGAUCAAGGUGUUCACUAAACCCCCAGCCCUAGUGAUGACUGUCAUGGAGUCUGUCUGCAUCUUGCUUGAUUGCAA